UACGUUAGUCACCUUACAGCUACGUCACAGCUGUGUCUUCCACACUUCCAUAUACUUCGGAGCCAGUGCGUGAGGUAGACGAGGUCUGACGUUACCUGUUCGUGUAUUAAAAUUAUGUGUUAAUAAAUAUAAAUAACAGGAAGAAAAAUGCGUCUGUCUAUAGCCAUUGUUGUAAUCUUCGCAUCAAUCCAAAGUUUAGACUGCCACAUACCACCGAGGCUGGCUAAAGUUUUCAAUUCGCGUCUAAACUAUUUUGACAUCGACCUCCUUCGAUAUGUCGCUGAAGGCAAGAGUGGAAACGUGAUGGUGUCUCCAGCCAGCAUCAAGUCUACUUUAGCGAUGUUAAUGGAAGGUGCCCAGGGUGCAACAGCUAGAGAAAUCCAGACGGCACUAAGACUGUUACCUUAUAAAACAGAUUAUAGAGAGCAGCUCAGUCAGUUUAUGAUGGAUUUAGAGAUAAACUCAUCAAGUGUGACGGUACAUAAUGCGAACGGACUGUUCGUGUCGAAGCCAUUGCAGCUGAAGAAAGAAUACGAAAUGUUGGCGAAACGUGUUUAUUUCUCUAAAGUGAACAAAUUAGAUUUCAAUGAUCCACGCACUGCCGCCGAUGAGAUCAAUGGCUGGGUGAACAGUAAAACUGGGGGCUUGAUCCCAGCUAUUUUAGAUCAAGCCCACAUCAAUCCUAAGGCGGAGUUAUUGUUGACAAGUGCCCUCUACUUCAAAGGGACUUGGCUCAACGAGUUCGACCGCAAGCAAACCCAUGGAGAGUGUUUCUACAGGAACGGUGUUUGUAAAACCGUAGCCAUGAUGAAUUUGGAAGCAGAACUCAAUUAUGCCCACGUGGACGACUUGAGAGCUCAUGCCUUGGAACUGCCGUACCAGAACAAGCGUUACUCAAUGAUGAUCCUCAUGCCCCAAGACCGUGAUGCUGGAUUGGCUCUCAUACGUGAUCUUCCCUACAUCGGAUUGCUGAAGAUAUCCAAUAUGUUGCAGCCUACACCCGUCGUCCUCACGAUGCCCAAGUUCACUGUUGUGUAUGGAGACGAUAUGGUAGCACCUUUGAAGAACAUGGGCAUAUCAACUUUAUUCUCUCCUGCUGCAAACCUGUCAGGUAUCAUUGAUGGUGCAGAAGCUCACUUGAACACCAUAUUCCAUAAGGUCUACAUGUCUGUUGACGAGAAGGGAACUAUUGCUGCAGCAGCAACCGCUGAUAUGUUGGUACCUCUCAUGAACAAUUUUGUACCACUUCUUGUUAAUAGGCCCUUCAUAUUCUUCAUUUGGGACAAUGAGAAAGGUGUCGUCCUAUUUGAGGGAAAGAUUGAAGAGCCCACAGAGUUCGAUGCUGUUACUAAUAAUAAGUUUGGUCAGCCUGAAAACCAGCCGAGUCAGCCAACAAACCAACCAAUUCCGCCAACAAACCAACCAAGUCAGUCAACCGACCAACCAAGUCAGCCAACCAACCAACCAAGUCAGCCAACCAACCAACCAAGUCAGCCAACCAACCAACCAAGUCAGCCAACAAACCAACCAAGUCGGCCUACAAACCAAAGAAGUCAGCCAACAAACCAACCAAUUGAGCCAACCAACCAACCAAGUCAGCCAACAAGUGAUCCGUCACAGUCUACGAGUCAACCGAUUACAGAAUAUUCCACGAGGCCAUACUAUGAUGCGCUUCCGAUAGGCUGGUUCCGAAAGGUUUCCGGUUAUUUGGGUCGAGUGCCAUACCAUUUCAUUGGAGUAGAGUAAGAUAAUUUUAAGUUUUAUAUUAUUAUUUUGACAUACCUAACAUCAAAAUAUUAAGGAAAUUAUUAAUAGUCUUUUCAUAAGUAACACUAUGUAACAUUUCAUUACUCAUCAAUAACUAAAUAUUUUACAUGUACCUAAAUACUACAAAAAUGACAUGCUACAACGGACUUGGUUAAUUAUUUAGGGUAACUAACCAACAUAGGUACAAUUGAUUUGAUAAAAUAUCUCUUGGGGGACUCUAAAGUGUAUUUUCAGGGGAAUUAUAAUUUAUAAUAGAAGAAAUUGGGCAGAUUUGGUCCAGAAUUCCAGGAUAAAGUUAAAUAAAUAAAUAAAAUUAAUUAUUUAUGAUAAUUAAAUAAAAAAAAUAUUCAAUAAAUUCUAAAUGACUUAAAUUUCUUUUUUUUUUGUAAUGAUCUGUAAAUAACUAAUGUUUAACCCUAGUUUCUAUUGUGUUAUAUUGAUUUUGAAUAUCCAAGCCAAAAUGAAUCGAAAAAACAUUAAUAAGAAGCGAAUAAUGAAAAAAUCACUGUC